AUGAUAGCAACAACUCAAUGUGUGCCUCAUCUUUAAAGUCACAAUUCCUUUUUUUAAACCAGACCUUUUCUUCUCCCCAAUUCCUUCAAAAAGAGAGAAAGAAGAUUCUGAUCUGAUUCAAAAAAAGAGAGGGGAAGAAAAAUCAUUCCAAUUUCAUUACCCAUCAUCUCCCACUUGCCUUUCUCGAUUUCUGCAAAAAUACUCAGUUGUGAUUUUGUCCAUUCUAACUUUCACCUUCUUUCAAUCAAUGUGUGCUACCAACUCCCUUCAAAAAAACCCCUUUAAACUUGGCUUGAUUUUCUACUAAGAUAAUCAUUCCAUAAGACAAAUUUAGAAAGUGCAGCUGAUUUUAGUGCUUAAGUCAAAUCCCUUUUCCAAGGAUCUGUUUUAAUCCAACACGUCUAAGGGUUGUUUUCUAGUGGGGGGAAAGAAUGGCCUCCGAAAAAUCCAGUUCCAAAGGCCAAGCAUGGUUUUGCACAACAGGAUUACCAAGUGAUGUUAAAAUCGAAGUAGAUGACAUGACUUUCCACCUGCACAAGUUUCCUCUGAUGUCAAAAAGUAGAAAACUUCACGAGCUGAUAACAGAACAAGAGAAGAACCCAACAACAAGUAGAAUCACUAGAAUCCAAACCGCUUCUGAAUCCAACCGGUGCAGUGAAAAUGACUUUGAGGAAGAAAUCCAAGAAGAAGAAGAAGAAUACGAGUCUCUCAUCAUACUCCCGGAUUUUCCGGGCGGCUCUGAAUCCUUCGAAACCGCCGCGAAAUUUUGUUACGGUGUAAAAAUUGAUGUCUCUGCCUCCAAUGUGGCCGCCCUCCGCUGCGCCGGAGAAUACUUGGAAAUGACUGAAGAGUACUCUCAAGAGAACCUCAUUUCCAAGACAGAGAGAUUUCUUAGUCAGUCAGUACUUAAAAAUAUCAAACACUGUAUCAAAACUUUAACCUCCUGUGAAGGGCUUCUGCCUUUGGCAGAAAAUCUGGGUAUUGUUCUGAGAUGUAUUGAUGCAAUUGUUUCCAAAGCUGCAUCUUCAGAUCUGUCAUUGUUUGGAUGGCCAGUGAAUGACAGAGCUGGAAGCAACGAGGGUGGAGUCGAGAGUGAGAGGAGAAAAGCUGCUAAUGCUACGAGAGGAGGAAAUGGAAUGGAUUCAUGGUUAAAUGAGCUUGGACAACUGAGUUUGCCGUUCUUCAAAAGAUUGAUUUUCGCCAUGAAAGCUCUAAAUCUAAAUCGGGAAAUCAUAGAGAGCUGUUUGAUUUACUAUGCCAAGAAGUACAUUCCUGGUAUUUCGCGUACAAAUAGGAAGCUGUUGUCUUCUUCUAAUGUACCCUCAGAGAAUGACCAGAGAGAUCUUUUGGAAACCGUAAUUGCUAAUCUCCCUGUGGAAAAAACCUCGAAUUCAACUUCAAAUUCGACGAGAUUCUUAUUCGGAUUAUUAAGAACUGCGAAUAUAUUGAAUAUAUCGGAAGCUUGUAGAGCAUCACUGGAGAAGAAAAUUGGAUAUCAAUUAGAGCAAGCGACUUUAGACGAUCUGCUCAUUCCGAGCUAUUCAUAUUUGAAUGAAACAUUAUACGAUGUUGAUUGUGUGGAAAGAAUAUUGAGAUAUUUUCUUGAAGAAUUAGAAAACAGAUCUAUGAAUAGAAUUGAAGGCGAAGAAAGAUCUACAGCAUUGUUGUUAGUUGGAAAGUUAAUUGACGGUUAUUUAUCGGAAAUCGCAUCUGAUGCUAAUUUGAAGCAAGAAAAAUUCUUCGAUCUCGCCAUUGCUUUGCCUGACGAUGCCAGACUCUUCGAUGACGGCCUUUAUCGCGCCGUUGAUGUCUAUCUCAAGGCACAUCCAUGGAUACCAGAGGCAGAUAGAGAAAAGAUUUGCGCAGUUUUGGAUUGCCAGAAACUAACAUUAGAGGCAUGUACUCAUGCUGCCCAAAACGAGAGACUUCCGCUUAGAACGGUGGUUCAGGUGCUGUUUUUCGAGCAGCUUCAGCUUCGGCAAGCCAUCACCGGGGGUUUGCUGGAGACUGACGCUGGUCUAACGGAGGCGGACCACGGAAUAGGAGAGGAAAAGGAAGCGAUUAUGGUGGCACGCGCGCAAGAGGGGGGAAGCACGUGGAGGGCGGCCGUGAGGGAGAAUCAAGUGCUGCGCCUCGACAUGGAUAGCAUGCGGGCGCGGGUGCACGAAUUGGAGAGGGAGUGCUCCACCAUGAGGAAAGCUAUUGAGAAAAUUGAACCUGGUGGACACGUGGAGACAGUUGGUUGGAGGAACUCGCUCGUACGGAAGUUCGGGUGCAAAUUCAAAACCCAAGUGUGUGACUCGCAUGAACCGGCGGUGAAUGAGGCCAGAAAAGGUCGCACCCACCGCCACCAUAAAUAGGCCGAAAGUGUCUCUGGUUUUUGUUUCUUCUUGGUGUGAAUAUAUGGGAUUCUUUUUAAUUGAAUAUUUUCAUUUUUUAUUUUACUUGAAAGAUGUUAUUUAUUGAGAAUAAUGUAAGGUGGCUGCACGUAAAUUAAAAAACCUAAAACAGACAUUUGUUUGCGUU